AUGUCGCACAUGAUUCCAUACUACAUUUCGCACAAUGCGCAGCUACGCGCCCAUUCAAACUCAACAUCACCAUUGAUGCGCAAAUACUCGCUGCUGGAAUACCGUGAAGGCCGUCCGGACAAGCGUGUGGACAAUGGGAAGCCAUGUGCAGCGGUUCUUUUCAUUCCGGGAAACGCCGGAAGUUUUGGGCAGGUGCGUAGUAUGGCGUCCAGUGCGAUGCACCAAUACUGGAAAAACAAUGCAGGAAUUGCAAGUGUGGCAUGGUCCAACUGGCGUGGUCCAGUGGAGUGGUAUACUGUCAGUUUUAACGAAGACUUUAGCGCAUUCCACGGCCAAACACUCGAGGACCAGGCCGAGUACGUCAACGAAGUAAUCAACUACUUGCGCAGUAUCUGUCCUGUGACGCCUGGAGAGCCAAAUGAUACCAGUGUUGGCGUUGUCGCGCAUAGCAUGGGCGGAAUCGUCGCUCGUCUUGCUCCGCAUCUGCCAAAUUACGCGCCGCGCAGCAUCGACACAAUCGUCACAUUGUCGACGCCCCAUGCGUUCCCACCUGUCCCUUUUGACCGAUCUUUGGACCGCAUUUACAAUGUGAUAAACAAACAAAAAUUAGCGACGGAGGAAGAGCCGCUCCUGAUUAGCAUUGCAGGCGGCCUGCUGGACACACAGCUACCCUCCGAUGCAUCUUCGCUCGCACUGGCCGGCAUUCAUGAGCCAAUAAGUCGUCUUUCUACGUAUACAGCAUCGCUUGAAUUCCUCUGGAGUGCAGUAGACCAUCUCGAGGUGGUUUGGUGUGACCAAUUGCGUUUCAAAAUUGCGCGCGGGUUUCUGCUGGACUAUGAUCUGUUGGGCUCCAACGCGAGUCAACGCGCAUCGUUGGAUUACCGCCUGCUCCGCCGAAAGCUGUGGCACAACAUGCUUGGAUUCUCGAUGUUUAAGCGCUCCGAAAUAGACGCAUUUAUUUCGCAAUCAACGCUCAGCGCUGAUUUGAAAUUCAUGGCGCAGCUCACGCCGCGGUUCGAGGUGGGAGACGAAGGAAAUACAUUUGGACGGGGCGAGUCCAACGUAGAGACCUACUCGCUGCUGAGCCCGCCUGGACCGCGCGCACAGCACGACAUCUCCAUUACAGAGGAGGACGAGCGGCUUGGGUUUGCCUUAAUCACCAAUUUGUUGGUGGGUUCAUCGUUUACUUCGCGCUUUGUUAUCUCCGAUGUCGAGAUGGUGGCCAUGGCGUGCAAAAAAUCAAUCAACUUUGACAAUGUUUUCAAACUGGACAGGUCCUACUGCCAGCUGUUGCUCCCGAGCGUGUACAAAGCGCUGCCAGCGUCGCCCGCUCCCCGCGGUGCCGUCUACUUUCCCAACAGCUCAUACCUGUACGAUGUGCCGAGCACGUCUUUUCAAACGCUGUACUUGAGCCCGAAAGACUUGAAGGACAACGAUGUCCAGUUUAUUCGCUUGGAGCGCACGCGCAAUAUGGGAGUCUACACGGGCCACGAUCAGACGAUGCACAAACAGACUAUCUUGGACAAGGGGUUUGUCGAGGACAAGCCACUGCAGCUGCAUGGAAGCCCUGGCUUGUUUUUCUCCAAGACGUGGGACUUGUUUGAGACGCCCUACGAGUGGCUCCUGUCUUCUCACGGAAGGCAUGCACCGCUGUGGAAAUGGCAGUUCCCCGAUUUGGACUCGGCGAUUCUCGUGUACGAGCUCGAACUUUUUCCUGCACCUUGUGCCGACCAUUUGCAUCCGCCGCCGCCGGAAACUGCGCCAAUUGCGCGCGUGUCAAAUAUCGUCACCAACGACGAGCGCGUAUUCCCUUCGUUGAAUGCACAGGAACGCGUAGCCUUUCCUGUAGCGCUUCAUGGAAGUGCUCCGUUUAUGCCGCGUCCAACAGGUGUUGAUCAUGGCACAUUGCUGGAGCUUUGGCUCCCGAGUGCGUACGAGUCGACCGUGUAUACUGCGACAUACACAAACGAGUGCCCUAUUCCCUACGACCGGGUCCGUAUCUCUAUUCAAUGGCGGGCCAGUGCGGGGCUGCUGAUCUUGCGCUAUCGUCUUGCAUUGGUAGUAUGGCCCAUUGCCGUGUUGGCAUUAUCCUACGCUGCCUUUCCACAGUCGGGGCCGAUGGAAGCACUUACCCAAUUAGUGUACAGCCGCGCGGCGUACCUUUUGCUAGGCGGCCCUGCCGCUGUGCAGCUCUUAGCGAGCUCCGCUGUGGCCCUUGGCCUGGGUGGUGCGUGGCAUACACUCGGCAUAGGCCUCACUACCACGCAAUUCCUCUACUUGGGGCCCAUUCUCAUGAUGCUCUCGUAUUGCAUGGCAUUUGUCGUUGCUUUCUUGAUACAUCACAUAUUUUCUCUGGGCUUUAUCGGAGUUCGACGCUAUGCGCCUAGCUUGCUGCGCUUUGCGAGUAUGGCAAGCGAUGCGCCCUUACCUUCGCGUGCCGAUCUUACCGCGUGGGCCACAAAGCGCCAGACGAUGCUUGGCGCACUGAUCUUGGUGUUGCUCUGGUUCUUUUUGCCGUACCAAAUUUUGUUUAUCGUGUGUUUUAUGGUACAUGCCUAUACGGCAUUCUGCUCCCAUGUCACUUGGAAACAAGCCGUACACACUUCUCGGCACAAUUUGCAAGAGAAAACGACGGCGCAGCGCUACCUGCAAAACAUGUGGCUGCUUCUUUAUUUAUUCUGGAUCCUGCCGCUCAAUGUCCCUGUGCUUGUGGUAUGGAUUCGUAACGUCAAUGCAGGCUUCAAUAUGGGGCUGUCGCGCACAGAGCACAACAUUCUCGCGACGCUGCCGCUCUUGACGCUAGUGUACCUGUGCGCCAAUCCCACCGUGGACAGCGGCGCGACAGGUAAAAAACAUGCGUGGAUUACGUUUGGCGUGUACGCUUUUCUGUACACGGUAUCACUUUUGUAUGGAAUACGUUACGCGUACCUACAAGCAGAGGUGUUCCAGCUGGUCAUUGUGUGGGAAGUCGCCCAGCGCGUGUUCGCAUCGUACCAUGCCCAAGAAAGGAUGGACAGCGAAGAAGUAGAGCGUGAAAUUUUCGUGCUCGAUUCCAUGCACCAAUCGGUCCCGCCGUCGCUCCAGCAGGUGCCUACGUUGGACGCUGUGUUGUCGACCUACCUCGACACACUGGAUGCGUACUUGGCCGUGAAGAAGCGCGCGGGCGAAGUCACUGCGGCUGGCUUUUAUCAGCUGACAAGGGCCAAGAUGACGCUUGGCGGGCAGUUUGGACAGCAGCUCAGCGCAGAUGUAUACGACGAGCGGAUGCAUGCGCGCAUGCAUUUUGUCGAUGGCGUUUUGUCCUCACAGGCGUGUAGUGACGCACAGACAAUGCCGGACGAGCGUCUCGACGCGCUUGGCUUGCGCCGGCGGAAAAAACCUAUAUCCGAAAAAGAGCCUGUGCAAAAGGCAGAGGAAGUAACCGCACGCCCGGUGCUUGGAUUCGAUCCAUUGUACCAGUUUAGCGGUAUGCCACCGCCAUCUCUGCGCCAAGCACAACAAUCAUUCCACGCUGGAUUGCAGGCACUGCUAGGCGACAAUGGGGUUUACGCAUUGGGCCAGCGCCUAGCAGAACUGGAAGAGCAAAUUCGCAUGCUGCGCGGCGAUCGGGAUAACGAACAAGGAAAGUAG